UCAAAAAUCAGUCAGAGUUACUAAGAAUUUUAGUGCAUCUUCGGCUGUUAUGCCAGGUAGCCGAACUGGCUUUAGCACAGUUUCAGUAUCCCGGGGAGGUGGAGCAGGCCUUGGACAUGGUGUUGGUGGCUUCGGGAGCAGGAGCCUUCAUGGUUUUGGAGGAAGUAAAAGAAUCUCCAUGGGUGGCUAUCGCACUGCCCGAUCUGGAUACGGUUAUGGGUUAGGUCACGGAGGAGUUGGGUACAGGAUCGUCGGUGGUUCUGGGUACGGAGUUGGAGCUGGUGGCAUCCAUGAGGUGACGGUCAACCAAAACCUUCUGGCUCCUCUCAACUUGGAGAUUGACCCAACCAUCCAAAGAGUAAGGAAGGAAGAGAAGGAGCAGAUCAAGACACUCAACAACAAAUUUGCCUCCUUCAUUGACAAGGUCCGCUUCCUAGAGCAACAAAACAAAGUGUUAGAGACAAAAUGGAGCCUCCUGCAAGACCAAAAGAUCACCCGCCAUAAUUUUGAUGCAAUGUUUGAGGCAUACAUCACUAAUCUAAGGAGGCAACUGGAGGGUAUUUUGGGAGAGAGACCACGGCUAGAGUCAGAGCUGAAGAAUAUGCAGGAUACUGUGGAAGACUUCAGGAUCAGGUAUGAAGAUGAAAUUAACAAGCGUACAGCUGCAGAAAAUGAAUUUGUUGUUCUCAAAAAGGAUGUGGAUGCUGCCUUUAUGAACAAGGUUGAACUGGAGGCCAGAGUGGAUUCCAUAAAUGAUGAAGCCACUUUCCUGAAAAGUUUCUAUGACGCCGAAUUAGCCCAGAUGCAUGCCCAAGUUUCAGACACCUCUGUAAUUCUCCAAAUGGACAACAGCCGAAACCUGGACCUGGAUAGCAUCAUUGCUGAAGUUAAAGCUCAGUAUGAAGAUAUUGCCAACAGGAGCCGAGCAGAGGCAGAAUCAUGGUAUCAAAGCAAGUAUGAGGAGUUGCAGCUGUCAGCUGGAAGGCAUGGAGAUGAUCUGCAUAAUACAAAGAUUGAGAUCUCAGAGUUGAACCGCAUGAUCCAAAGGCUCCACUCCGAGAUUGACAAUGUUAAAAAGCAGUGUGCCGGCCUGCAAGCAUCCAUUGCUGAUGCAGAGCAGCGUGGAGAACUUGCCCUGAAAGAUGCCAGGAACAAGCUAGCUGGAUUGGAGGAGGCUCUGACGAAGGCCAAGGCGGACAUGGCCCGUCAGCUACGAGAGUACCAGGAGCUGAUGAAUGUCAAGCUGGCCUUGGACAUUGAGAUUGCCACCUACAGGAAGCUACUGGAAGGAGAGGAGAGCAGGCUUGCUGGAGAGGGAGUUGGUGCAGUAAACAUUUCUGUUGUCCAUUCAUCCGGAGGCAUGAGCUAUGGUGGCGGCAGCAGUGCCAUGGGCCUUGCAGGAGGAGCUGGUCUCGGCUAUGGAGGAGGAGGCCUCAGCAUGGGAGGAACCAGCAUCAGCUCCGCUAGUGGAAGAGGGCUUGCCGGGAGCAUAGGUUCGGGUAGGGGGAGCAGUUCCAGUAUGAAAAUUGUAUCCAAAACAUCUACAACCAGAAAGAGCUAUCAGAGCUAAAGGCUUUGGCUGUAAAAAUCAGUUAGACCAAAUCCCCACUCCAGGCAGAACAAACAACACAUGGCAUUACCACCAAUAUCUCUAACUCAGCAUGUGGGGGAAUUCUGUUAUCUUUUAGUUGUUUUUUCAUUGCAGUUUUCAUCAGCCUUUCUAGUGUAGUAAGUGGUGAGGGAUGAUGAGAGUUGCAAUCCAAAACCAGCUGGGAGACUAAAUGUUUCUCAUUCCUUCUAUAAAGCAUGGGGCAAUUUCUAGCAUAGCACGGACAUGGGGGACAGGGCUACUUUCUCCCGCAAAGGACUCCAGCUGUUUUAAUUUUGAUGCAAUCAAACCAGCUGGAGAGAAACAUUUUAGAGGUACAAAGUCAUUAGCCAAAGAAGGGUUCAGUUCACAUGCAGUAUUCUGGCUUAGUUUUGCUGUGUGGUUUUAACUUGGCCCAUGCUUUGCAGAAUUUUUUCACAAGCCCCAUUCUAUCAUGCAGGUUGUGUUUCCAUUAAGUCUAGCUUGCUCCUAUCCCUCAUCUUGCAUCAGAAAUCCAAAAGCUUCUUGUCAAGUGAUUCUUGCUAUACAUAUAACCUUUCCUAACUAAUGUAUACUUCUCCAAAGUCUCAGUGGUUCAACAGCCUCCGAUUUGGAUUCCAAGUUCUCUUCAUUCUGGGCUAAAAUAGUGCUGCUCUACAACCCACAAAUUUUGGACAGUGAGUUGCCAAUGCCAAAGGUUCCCAUUUGUCUGAUAUAUUUAAAAUAUUUUGCAUGUACUCUAGCAUCCAUACUUGGUUCUCUUGCAACAACUAUACUCUUCUACUGAAAUGAAUAGGAAGCCUCUGAGGAGUUUCUCAUCUACACUUUAGAUUCCAUAUUCGUUGCACAAAUAGCUGAAUCUGGUUAUUUAUAAAAGGGCCACUCAAGUCCAUACUGAAAAACAUUAUAUUUGAUCAGCGCGAGAAGCUACAUUUGAUCCUGACAAGCUCCUCUAUAUGCAUGAUUCCAGCUUUGUUUUGUCAGCAUUAAUGGCUUUUCACAGGAUUUUGUCACAUUAGGAAUAUAAUUAUCCAGUAGUCUAUCUUUCAUCCUAUUCUUGAUUUUUAAUAGAUAUGUGAUAACUGCCGCUUUUCAAAGAUAUCGUAAACCUGCAUAGUCUAUCAGCAGAUACUGUACUAUACCUUACUGAACAAUAUGGUAGUAUUCUGUUUUUUCCCCCUGAUAAUCAUAUCUUAGGGGGUAAUUGCAAUUUUAAAACCCUUUAACAACUUGGUAAUUAACCUAUUCAAUGAUUUGAUUUAAAAUCCCAUAACUACUUAGUAAUUAAACCAUUUGUUAUUUGCUUAAAAACAGUCACAACCCACCUAAAGUUAAAUAGGUCAAGUGCUGCUGAUUCACUCUGUCAAAUAAAUGUGUGAAGUUACCACCAUCUUCCAUGGCUAAUAGAGAAUGGGGUGCUGAAGGGCAAAUAGUACAAAAGAGACCACAUCAUCUACAGCACAAAUCCAAAACUAGCAAUCAUUCAGUCUCCAGAAAAUGAAGUAAAAAUUAAAAGUGCCAAUAAUAGUUUUGACCUAAGAAGAGUUAGCUAUGACCUUACAUUAUGGCUACCUUUGGCUGAAUCAUGUCCUGCAUAAGACAAGCCAUGGAAAUUAUAACAAUCUAUUUUUUUUCUUUUCAUAUGUAUUAUUUUAUAGGGCCGGGAAAAAAUAAAAGUUUUCAUAGGCAUUGUGUUUGUUCUUUUAAAAUCCCAGAAAAAAGCUGGAUUUAUUAUCCUAUCACAGAAAAUCAUCUUUAAAAGAUACAGUUAAACAACAGGUGUGCACCUUUCUUGAGCUACAAAAUACUUUUGUAUAACAUUAUAUAUUUUUAGUUUUCAAAACUUUUGAGGAUCUUUGAAUGGUGUUUCUAGUGCUGGCACACUGAAAGCAUUAUGAAUAUAACCACCUUAUCAUAUUGGGGCUUUUUGCCCCUCGUAGCACUUUGGAGAUGGUCCCUGCAGAGCACCAUCACAUGAUACUUGGCAGGCCCCACCUUCUUUAUCCUCCAAGUGCUGAGGAAGCUUCCUUGGCAACAAGGGAAUGGUAAGAAUGUUUUGGGUAGCUCCAUUGGGGCUACACACAUUCUUUUGCCCUUUGCUCCAUCUGAUGGGGGAAUGGGAAUGUGACAAUGCACACCCUUUCCUCCAUCUGAUAGGGACAGGGUGCCAACACACCUUGUCCUGUCCCCACCAUGUAAUAGGGGAAGGAAGGAGGGUGUGCGGGGUGCCACAAGGCACCCCAUGGAACUGCCAAUGAAAUAAACUGUUUGGACUUGGAGAAACACAAUAUUUUACAACAAAACUAUGAAAUAAUUGUAAACUACAAUGUUGGAAUUAAAAAUAUUAAGACUAUUAGAUAUUCUUAAUCUGAAAUCCUAAAAUUCAGUUAUGGAAAAAUGGCAAAUUAGUUUUACCAACUGUUACAUAACAUGAGUGUGAUAUGGCAGCAAGAUUAAAACUCAGAUAAAAACCAUAAGGAUGUAUCCAUUACCACCCCCUAGAAUCACUUGUCAUAAGCAAAAUGGCCACAUUUGUGGAUUGUCUCUAGGCAUGUUUAUUGUUUGUGCCCUCUAAAGAAGAGAAUCAUUGUAAUCAGACUACUGCUCCACUUGUUACUUUGUAUUUGCAUUGAAAUCUUUCAGGUUUCAAGGAAUUGCCUUAAUAAAUUGCUGUUAAC